AUGAGCCUGGAAAAAGUACAGAUCUUGGACUCAACGACCAUGGUCGAUGCAGCAGAGGACAAGGCUGCCGUGCCAUUGGAACUAGAGGAUCAAACUAUUAUAGCAGUCGCUAUCCCUGCUAUCGCUAUAGAAUUCUCAGGGCUAUCUCAGAUUAGUUGGGUCGCUAGUGCAUAUUUCUUAACCGCAACUGGAUUUAUUCCAACAUGGGGCCAAUUAUCAAACAUAUUGGGGAGAAAGACUGCUUUCUUGAUUGCCGUGUCCAUCUUUGAACUAGGAUCUGCUAUGUGUGGUGCAGCACCUUCACUGACUUUCUUGAUUGUGUCGCGAGCUAUUGCUGGAUUAGGUGGAGGUGGAAUCUUCAUUCCAAUCGAAAAACGUUCGUCGUAUUUGGGUAUCAUUGGAGGUUGUUUCGGUAUUGCAUCGGUAGCUGGACCACUCUUAGGAGGAACGUUUUUGCCAAUCGGAGCUAUCACCGUACUAGUCAUUGUGGUCUACCUGAACCUCGGCAAACGAAGUAGUUCCUUCUGGGAUGGUGUCAAGAGAAUUGAUGUUAUGGGAUCUCUACUGCUGGUUGCAGCUGUCGCUUGUUUGGUGCUGUGUUUAGUCAAUGGUGGCACGGUCUACGCAUGGAAUUCAGGCUUUGUUAUUGGAUUCUUUGUGGCAGCUGGUGUCCUAAUUGUUCUCUUUGUGAUUGUUGAACUUCGAUUCGCCGUUGAACCAGUACUACCGUUCGGAUUGUUGACAAAUGUAUCACUGACAUGUAGUAUUCUGGCUUCAUUCUUCUUUGGAAUGACAUUCUUUGUUUUGAUCAAUUACCUUCCAUACUACUACCAAAUCGUGGACGGAGACUCGGCUACAACUGCCGGUUUACGUAUCCUACCAUUCAUCCUUGGUGUAGUGUUUGCCAGUAUUGUUUCGGGAGGUGCAACCGCUGUAACUGGAUGGUAUUGGCCAUUCUUCCCAAUCGGAGGUGCCCUAGUCAUCACCGGUGCCGUUUUAACAAGUACAUUAGACGAAUUCAGUGGUACUGCGAUGCAAAUUGGAUACUUGCUACUUGCUGGAGUGGGUGGUGGCGCCCUUAUACAGACGCUCUUGAUUGCAGCUCAGGCCUCAGCCAAGACCGAAGAUGACGUACCAACUGCUACCGCCUUGUCGAACUUUGGACAGACGUUGGGAGCUGUUGUUGGUAUCGCAAUCUGCGCCAACGUAUUCAACAACCAGACAACUACUGGGAUCAACAACUACCUUUCAACGUUACCGGCAGCAGCAGUUGCUCAGCUUCCACCAGCAGAAGCUAUUCUAGGCAAUGUAGGCGUACUCCAAUUCAUAACACCACCAUACAAGGCAGGAUACAUUCAUGCUAUUGUGGGAGCCGUGCAACUGAACUUUAAGCUUGCAGCAGGAUUUGCAGCCCUUGCCCUUUUGUUGAGUCUGUUUAUCAAGAAGAGCAAACUGACAGGUGCUAUUGCUUUGAGCCCAGCUUGA